UACUGGCUGCCGUUUCUCCAGCAGUUGUUGUUCCUUCAAUGCUGCUCCUGCAGAGAGAAGGAUAUGGAGUGGAGAAGGGAAUCCCCACCCUCCUGAUGGCUGCUGGAAGCUUUGAUGAUAUUCUUGCCAUAACAGGAUUCUCUACUUGUUUGGGAAUCGCCUUCUCUACAGGUUCUACAUGGAUGAACAUACUGAAGGGUCUGCUGGAGGUGGUGGGAGGCAUCGUAGCUGGUAUGAUCCUGGGCAUGUUCUUGUACUGCUUCCCCAGCAAUGACCAGGAGGAUCUGGUAUUGAGGAGGACCCUCAUGUUGCUGGGUCUGUCCAUAUUUUCAGUCUUCUUCAGUCAUGUUAUAGGUUUUGCUGGAGCUGGAGGUCUCUGUACACUGGUGCUGGCUUUCCUGGCUGCACUGGGCUGGAAGACUGAAAAGGCACCAGUAGCAGAAAUGGUGGGCCGGUCAUGGGAUGUAUUUCAGCCACUUCUCUUUGGUCUGAUUGGAGCUGAGAUCACGAUUAAAGCACUCAGCCCAAGCACUGUGGGUCUGGGUAUGGCCUGCAUUCUUAUUGGUCUGGUGAUCCGUCUACUUGUCACCUUCCUGUUGGUUCAUUAUGGAGGAUUCAACUUAAAAGAGAAGCUCUUCAUUUCUGUGGCCUGGCUGCCUAAAGCUACUGUGCAGGUCUGUAUGCUGCUGGCAGGUCUGCUAUUGCGUAAUGUUCCUUACAUAACAGACGCCAUCUUCAUCGACACUCACUGGUCUGCAGCUCUGAGGAACAUCGCCUUGUCCAUCAUCCUGACCAGGGCUGGUCUGGGCCUCAACCCUGAG